CAAAAUAAUGGCAGCAGAUUCACCUAAGAGGUCUUCUAAGUAUAAUCAGAAUGUUGUUCGGCCGCAACCGUUCAGUGAUAAAUCUGUUAUGGAGAGUGUGGUGGAUUUCAUUUCAGACGUAGUCCCACAGGCAUAUAGUGGACAUCAAAAACAGUUUGAAGACAAAGAAAAAAUUCAGUGGGUUCGCUUUGAGUCAUCUGACAUAAAUGACAUAUGUAACAACCCUGACCUGACUAUAGGAGAGAACAAAGGAAUUCCACUACUGUUGAUACUAGGGUAUAGCAAUGGAGUACAGAUAUGGAAUGUUCUGCCAAGUGGAGAGGCCUUAGAAGUGUUAUCCUUACGACAAGGGCCAGUCAAAAUUGCCCGAGUACUGCCCACACCUGUUCCAGUGAGAGGUGAUGUAGACCAGUUUCACACUCAAAGACCCCUUAUGGCCAUCUGUGAUACUUCAAGUGCUGGCCAGCCAUACUGCUCAGUUAAAAUUGUAUCGCUGAAAACUGGAGACGAGGUGCAUUCCCUGAAUUUCCCCAGCAUUCCAGUCCUCAACAUUGAGUGCAAUAAACGGGUGUUAGUAAUCGCUUUCCAAGAGAAGAUAUGUAUAUUUGAUGCAUGCACCUUUAAACAAAGGUUUUGGGUGACAAGUUGCUUCCCCUGCCCAGGACCCGACCAUAAUCCAAUAGCCUUAGGCAUCAGGUGGCUUGCAUAUGCAGACAAACGGUUGGUACCAAUGCAUCAGUCAUGUGGAGGAAUGUCUGGAGAUGGAGCACAGUCUUAUGCUGCCACAGUCAUCAGUGCAGCUAAGGGAGCGUUUAAGGGUCUGACAAUGUUUGGCGAGGCAAUGGUAAACAGUGUAACAGGCUGUAAACCACAGCCAGUGAAGAAAGUGGAACACAGCUUUCAAGAUGUGAAUGGGUUUCAUCCCGGAAUAGUUUCUAUAAUAGAUCUACAGACCAUAUCCUCAGAACAUUUUUGUGUUGGUGAAGAAAGCGAAGGAGAUGGACUUAUAGCACAUUUUCACGCUCAUGCAAAUGAACCAGUGGCCAAAAUGGCAUUUGAUAGUUCAGGGACAUUGCUGUUGACAGCUUGUAAGCUAGGACAUAACUUCCAUGUGUUCCGUAUAAUGGCUCAUCCUUGUAGUUCAUCACUGGGAGCAGUUCAUCACCUCUACACUCUUCACAGAGGGGAGACAACUGCAAAGGUAGUGGAUAUAAGCUUCAGUCAAGAUAGUCGCUGGAUCACGAUAUGUACUCACAGAGGGACCACCCAUGUAUUUCCAAUUACACCCUAUGGAGGUUCAGUGUCCAAGAGAACUCACUGUUCCUCACGCGUUGUUAACAGAGCUAGUCGAUUUCACAAGAGCGCAGGUUUGGAUGAGAUGCAGCAGGCAGGCGGUCGCAGUAGUCCUGUACUGUCUGCUAGUCCCAGUAGCUCCUCAGGUCAUUUUGAGAGUUACCCAAGUCUGAUGCGACAGAAUGUGAUGAGCAACAGCACAGGGAACCCACGUCUGCCGCCUUACCCCCACCCCACAACAUUGUAUGCCCUGGCACAGAUAAAACAGCCUCUCCUGCUCACCAACAGUGUGACAGGCGUGAAGAACCAGAGCCCGUCCCACUCACCCCUUGGAACAGACAGUGUGUUAAGUGUGUGCUCACAUUUUUCCACACCACGAUUGUGGGUUGGAGGCAGCUCCAGUGUCACUGUAGACAGAAGAGAGGGUAAACGUGCUGCAGACUCACUGUUUGUGAUGUGUCAGACUGGGACACUAGUAGAAUAUGUAUUGGAGCCUCGCCCAAAGACUCUGGUAGACAAAGGCUCAGAGGAGACGCCCCUUGAACUUCUUGCCACUGGAUAUAUACAGUGGAACUUACAGCGACCAAAGACAUCAGAGGACAUACGACUGCCACUUGCCUCCAACAACCCUAUCAUCCAGGCGACUGAGGCUGUAACAACCCAACAACCAACAACUCUGAAAGAUGUGUAUACUGGUGAUCUUGAUCCUGUGACCCGGGCAGACUCAAAGGAUAGCUUGUCAUCAGAUCAUGGUACCAAGGACAUGGAGCUCCAGGAGCAGUGGUUGUCACAAGUUGAGAUUAUAACUCAUGUUGGCCCCCACCGUCGUCUGUGGAUGGGGCCACAAUUUUCCUUUAAGACCUACCAGAAUGUACACAACACCACAGUUCUAUCCUCCAACUCCUCAGCUCUGCUGUCACAGAGUCCUGAGGCUAAUAUGUCUGCAAUGGACGUUGUGUCCAAUGAAGUUGACCUGGAAAGUCUCAAGAUACAACCAGCCCGUUCCAGUCCUGUUGCUAUGCCAACAGCUCGACCGGCAUACCGUCGUCUAUCAGGCAGUGAUAGCACACCACCAGCAGGGAAGGGAGCCUAUAGCACAGCUCUGCUGAUUGAAGCUGGGAGCUUUGAACAGUCACCAAAUUUAUGUGAUGUAUACAGCAGCUGGGCAGAGUCAACAGUUGCCAAGCAACCAAGAGGGAGUGAAGAGGAAGAGGAUAGAAUUAAGGAGACAUUAGCGGAGGCCAUGUUGGAAUCACCAAUCAAAGGAGGGGGUCCAUCUAGUAUAAGUAAUGAUGUAUUUGUCGGAAGCAAUGACAAUCUAAGCACGAGCUCUGGGUCCAGUACAGGUAUACCUUUACCUAGAGGCGCCGAACAUGUGCUUGACAACGUGUUUCCCUCAACCAACGGAUCAUUGGACUCAUCUAGCUAGCUGCCUGAUUAUCCUGAAAUAGUUCUUAAUUGAUGUUGUGAAAUAGUUUUGUUCUUUGCUCCACUUCAGAUCAAUGUGCAACUGACUUACAUACGUUGAAGUUAAUACCACAAAAGACCUUAUCCUUCCUAAGUCAUAGACAGUGAAAUGAUGAAAAUCAUCGAAGUACUUAGACAUACAAUGACGAUGGUGUCUAUAAUGGUCACAUCUGUGAAAAAAGUUGUUCUACAAUGGCAGGUCAAGACAAAAACAUUUUCUAUGGAAUUGCUGUUUUCCACAAAUUGAGAAUUUAAAAGGUAGUACAUUAGAUAUGGAUCCUAUUUUUAUGGUAUUUAUUUCUUCCAUACACGAAAUACAAUUCAACAUCAAACGUGUUCAUCCUUGACAGUGUACCGUGUUCUUGAUACGUUUUUUAGGUACGAAUCAUUUUAUAUUUAUACAGAUGAAUACAGACAACCGUGAUCUACGUUAAUAUUAUCUAUUCAUGAAAUAGAACUCCUUGAAAAAAUAAAGUGAUGUGGUUUAAAAUGACAA